AUGGACGAUGCCGCAGGAGAGGAAGAAGCUUCCAUGUUCGAGACCAGCCAUGUCCUGGGCGCGCUGCUGGCCUCCUCGCCGCUGCUGGCGCGCGCGUGGGACCGCUGCACGGCCGCCACUGCGGCGGCGCUCGGGUUCGUGCACGGCGAGGAGGACGGCGGCAACAAGGUGUACGUGGGGUUCUCCGGGGUGCAGGCCGCGCUGUCGGCGGCAGGCGCGGCGGUGGCCGGCGGCGGCGGCGGCGCCGACGUCUUCGCGCCGGUGGGGCUCGGCGGCGGGGACGCGGCGGCGGGGCGGAUGUUCGCGCCGCUGGUCGCCGCCGAGACCGACCCGGCCGCUGCUGCGGGGGAGCCGGUUGCCGUGCAGGCGCUGGCGCUGCAGUGCUUCUUGAAACUCUGCGGCUCCCCUGAUUUCCAGUUUGCCCUCUCUGGCAUAGUAAGAGUUUGUGAAGUUACUUCAGACCUCUCCUCAGAGCUCAAAGCUGGGUUGCAAACAAAAAGUACAAGCACAUGGCAUAGAUCACAGUACCCACCAAAAGUUGCUGUUGCCCCUUUAUUGUCGCUUACACCUGAUGCAUUUCUUAGGGCCCAUGAGCAACAGAACAGUCUCACAGCACGACGUCGUCCCAAGGCUCCUCUUCUGCCCCCGGACGCCGUCCCUGCGCACAUCAUUGUCGGAAUGCAACUGCAUCAAUGGCCAGCGCGGACUCGCCAAACAGGCGCGGUGACCACAGUCACCAUGCGCAUGGCGGACACUGACAAGGAUGCGCUCCGGCAGCUGAUACAGAGGCACGUUGGCGCUGUGGCCAUGGAGCAGAAGCUUGCCGCUCCUGAUGAGACCACACGUGGGAGCCCGUACCGGCCAUUUGGGACGUACGUGCUGUGCUCCCCAGAAGGCGCGGCGUGCGUGGACAACGCGACCGCCGUGGUACAGAUGCUGUACGCCACCUUCGCCUCUCGGAGCUCGCCCAGUGCAGGGUCCCCGGAGGCCGCACACUCCUGCUACGGCGAGCUCGUGCUGAAAAUGCCACAACACUUGCUCCUCAAGAGACGCCUGCGUGUGGACGACGCGCCGGCCACGCCCAACUACGAUGACGGCGUCUCCCUCGCGCUGGAGGCCUCCGGCAUCGACGCCAUGGUGAGGGCACACGCCAUGGAGGCGUCGACGGCGCGGCAGUGGCUGAAGACAUCGAAGCGGGCAGGGCGGCGGCCGAGCCUGAACUCCGCUCGCCUGGCGACGCAGCUGGGCCGGAUCACGCCGUGCCGUGCGCAGAUCGAAUGGUACAAGGCGCUGUUCGACGCGGAGAUGGGGUACUACGACGCGUUCAAGCAGCGGCGGUCGCCCAGGAAGUACAGCAAGGUGAACUUAAACCGCAUCAAGCUGGGCCAGUUCUGGGACCGCGUGCUCACCAUGCUCGACGCCGGCCAGCUCCCCCACGAUUUCCACCGCCGCGCCAAGUGGGUCAACGCCGCCCGCUUCUACCAGCUCCUUGUCGAGCCUCUCGACAUCGCUGACUACCACCACCACGGCCACCACCGGACGAGCGGGAGCUACAUGACGCACGGCCGGGAGAGGAGGUACGAGCUGUUCGACAGGUGGUGGCAGGAGAAGGCAUGCACGGGCGGCGCUGGCGGCGACGUCACGUCCUCCAUGUUGGCAGCGUCGGCGAGCAGCCGGAGACGCAGCAAGUACGCCGGGCUCACGCAGGACCCGUGCUUCUGGGCGAGAGUGGAGGAGGCGAGGGAGCAGACAGAGAGUGCCCGGGGCGAGCGCGACGUGGCGGAGCUGGCGAUGAAGCUGGAGGAGCUGCAAGAGUUCGAGCGCUACUUCCGUGAGCUGGUGGCGAGCAAGGAGGUGUCUGUCGACGUGCUCGCGCCGCAGUCGAGCUACACGCUGUGGGUGGAGGAGUGGAACCAGCUCAAGCUCAGGGAUGAAGUGAGGACAAUGUUGCUUCGGUUUUGA